AACCCGAGUCUCCCCUCAAGUUCCGCCAUGAGCUGGGGCACGGAGCUCUGGGAUCAGUUCGACAGCUUAGACAAGCAUACACAAUGGGGAAUCGACUUCUUGGAAAGAUAUGCCAAAUUUGUUAAAGAGAGAAUAGAGAUUGAACAGAACUAUGCGAAACAAUUGAGAAAUUUGGUUAAGAAGUACUGUCCUAAACGUUCAUCCAAAGAUGAAGAACCAAGGUUUACCUCGUGUAUAGCCUUUUUUAACAUCCUUAAUGAGUUAAAUGACUAUGCAGGACAACGAGAAGUAGUAGCAGAAGAAAUGGCACACAGAGUAUAUGGUGAAUUAAUGAGAUAUGCUCAUGAUCUGAAAACUGAAAGAAAAAUGCAUCUCCAGGAAGGACGCAAAGCACAGCAGUACCUUGACAUGUGUUGGAAACAGAUGGAUAAUAGUAAAAAGAAAUUUGAAAGAGAAUGUAGAGAGGCAGAAAAGGCACAACAGAGUUAUGAGAGAUUGGAUAAUGAUACCAAUGCAACCAAGGCAGAUGUUGAAAAGGCCAAACAACAGUUGAAUCUGCGUACACACAUGGCUGAUGAAAAUAAAAAUGAAUAUGCCGCACAAUUACAAAACUUUAAUGGGGAGCAACACAAACAUUUCUAUGUAGUGAUUCCUCAGAUUUACAAGCAACUACAAGAAAUGGAUGAACGAAGGACUAUUAAACUCAGUGAGUGUUACAGAGGAUUUGCAGACUCAGAGCGCAAGGUUAUACCUAUCAUUUCAAAGUGUUUGGAAGGAAUGAUUCUUGCUGCAAAAUCAGUUGACGAAAGGAGAGACUCUCAAAUGGUGGUAGACUCCUUCAAGUCUGGCUUUGAACCUCCAGGAGAUUUUCCAUUUGAAGAUUACAGUCAGCAUAUUUAUAGAACCAUUUCUGAUGGGACUAUCAGUGCAUCCAGACAGGAAAGUGGGAAGAUGGAUGCCAAAACCACAGUGGGAAAAUCCAAGGGCAAAUUGUGGCUCUUUGGAAAAAAGCCCAAGCCACAGUCCCCACCCUUAACCCCUACUAGUUUAUUCACAUCCAGUACUCCUAAUGGGUCCCAGUUUCUCACAUUCUCCAUUGAGCCCGUGCAUUAUUGUAUGAAUGAAAUAAAAACAGGGAAGCCCAGAAUUCCUUCUUUCAGAAGCCUCAAAAGAGGGUGGUCGGUGAAGAUGGGUCCAGCACUAGAAGAUUUCAGUCAUCUGCCACCAGAACAGAGACGUAAAAAACUGCAGCAGCGCAUUGAUGAACUGAACAGAGAACUGCAGAAAGAAUCAGACCAAAAAGAUGCACUCAACAAAAUGAAAGAUGUAUAUGAGAAAAAUCCACAAAUGGGAGACCCAGGAAGUUUGCAGCCUAAAUUAGCAGAGACUGUGAAUAACAUUGACCGCCUGCGAAUGGAAAUUCACAAGAAUGAGGCUUGGCUGUCUGAAGUUGAAGGCAAAGCAGGCGGAAGAGGAGACAGAAGACACAGCAGUGACAUAAAUCACCUUGUAACACAAGGACGAGAAAGUCCUGAAGGAAGUUACACUGAUGAUGCAAACCAAGAAGUCCGUGGACCACCCCAGCAACAUGGUCACCACAGCGAGUUUGAUGAUGAAUUUGAGGAUGAUGAUCCCUUGCCUGCUAUUGGGCACUGCAAAGCUAUCUACCCUUUUGAUGGGCAUAAUGAAGGCACUCUGGCGAUGAAAGAAGGUGAAGUUCUGUACAUCAUUGAGGAGGACAAAGGUGACGGCUGGACAAGAGCCAGGAGACAGAACGGUGAAGAAGGCUACGUUCCCACGUCAUACAUAGAUGUAACUCUAGAGAAAAACAGUAAAGGUUCCUGAAGAGGGUUUCUGAGGAAAUGGGCGAGAUGUUGAAGGAGGUUACAUGCAGCUGCUUGGGGGGAGGGUAGUAGAGUGGUCAGGCUCAGAGGAAGAGUGAGAGAAGCAAGUUGCAUGAGUGCAUGCAGACAUGAUUAUUUUUUACUAACUUCAUUAGCAUUUCCAUACAUUGUUUAAAAAAUCAUUAUAAUAACCAGUCGUUAAGUUCCUAAUUCGCAGUUAUUCACACAGAAGGAAAAUGCCAAUAGUGGCUGCCCCUUUCCCAUUUAUUUUACUUACAUCCAAACCAGAAGAAGUACAGAGCUGCCAUAAAGUUUGGUUUACUUUAGCUGUCUGUGCAGGACCUGCUCCAUCCUAGUUCUGUUCUAAUUGACUUUUAGACCCAUUAUCUGUUAGAAUCCUUGUGUGUGUCAACGUCUGCCUGCGCUACUCCGUGCUUGCUUAACAUCCUGUUGCAUGUCUAAAGUGAUUGGCUCCAGUUUUCAGGCAUGUCUUUAUAAUCCCUCGUUCUUGUCAAAGCGUUUGUUUUGUUUUACAUUUGUGGUUCGAAUCGCCUUGUCAGACAUCUCUAGCACUAAUGAUUCCAUCCUAGUGUUUGUAUGUGUGCUGCUACAACUUCCCCACUGCAAACAUUCCAAUUCUGGUAUUAUGAAGAAGUAGUUGUGAACUUGAAGUUUUUAUGACAAGAAAAAGAAAACAUCUCUGCUCUAGCCUACAGCCAAAUUGAAGGACCUCUUUGAAACCUAAUACAUCUUCAGCCCCUCAGCCUGGGAGGACUGGUAGUCAGCAGUGAACUCCUGGCAUAGUAAACAGUGAAGAUCCUCACCACUUCACGAUAAAGGACUGUUGUCAAAGGUCAGCUGCUUCCAUUCGAAUGCUGCCUUAAACUCGAGUGCCUCAAUCUGUUCGUUGCCAACACCACCACUACAGUAUCCCACAAAGGGCUUUAAGUGUCAGCUCAGUGCGACCUCCUUUCACAGCAGCUGUGCCCUGCUGCAGCUGCCGACGAUGUAGCCUCGGUAGGUGGCUCUUAGAGCCCCACCGUGCACCAUGGUGCAGCUCCACAUUGGUGCGUCAAACUAAAGACAAGUCCCAGUCCAUUUUUCUUGGUGUUUUUAUGACAAGUUUUAUGGAUUUCCUGCCAUUGUCUUUUAAUUUGGGGUUAUGAUGAUAUCAUUUGAUUAUUAUAAUGGUAGUCUGUUUCCAAGUGAUGCUUUUGUUCAACUCAAACCAGGUAAAUUUAGUGAACCUUUGUAAUGAUCUCUGUGCACUUUUACUUAUAAACUGGGAGUUUCUGGAUGUUCAUACUUGUAAAUAUAAUUGUCCUUAGUGCCCUUCUUGCUCAUGUUGUCCUGCCUCACAUCUGUGGUUCUGUUAAGGACUUGUAUCUUAAUUGAUUUCUUAGUGCUGUUGUAAUAGGAAGAUGGGUAGGGGCGGGAGGGGGGUAUUUGUACCAUUGAAGCAUCAUUAAUUUGAUUCUUUGCUGUCUGAGGGGAGAAAAUGUAAAAUGGUCUGUGUAUUACUGGAUUUUAAGCAAUAUUUUAGACGCUGUGUGACUGCUUUAAUAAUUUUCCUCCCAGUGUUAUUUGAAUCAUGCUACCAGCUCUACUAAAGCUGAAUGACAAUUGUGUGGAAGUUAAUGCCUUUGUAAGAUCAGAUCCACCACUGUUACACAGCUGACGUGCAGUGUGUUACCUUUGAGGCUAGUGAACUAUAAAGUUUAGAUGCUGAAUCUUGUUACAGGGUUAUUUAUAUAAUAUGACAUUUUAUUCGAUACUGACAGACUAUAUGUAGUAGUUUUAAAAUCUAGUGCUAUUUUUAUUUUAAAGGUUAGCGAUGAAGAGGAAAUGUGAUCUGGCUGUGUUUGUCUUCUGUGCAAAGCCUCAAGUGCUUAUGUUUUUUGGCUAACAGCCACAGAGGGCAAAGUUUAAGGCUUUCUUGUAAGGACUAACUGUUCUUUUCAAGCUACUGUUUGUUUUUCUAAAAGCAGGAUUUGCUUCCGUAGGAGGCAAGUUCCUUUACAUGGAAUAGUGCAACCUGUAAAUGGGUGAUUACAAUAGCAAAGACAUUUGUACUUGUACAGUUUAAAUCAUUCCUAAAUCAUUCUUAAAUUUUGAACAUGUGGUCGUCCAGAAGAAAUCUUUAAUUUUUCAGUAAUUUUUACUCUUUGUGCACAUGUUGAUUUCUUAAUGGUAAAUGCUUUGUUUAAGGUAGUGUUCUCUGUUGAGAAUAUUUUCAUGGAAUAAAACAAACUUUUCAUGGU